UUCAGUCGAUCGAGAAGCGAACAAGAGCUAAGAUAAUGAUGUGCGGCAAGGGAUUCGGGAUGAUCCUGGUCCUGUUUUGGGCCACGGCCCUUUCCAGCGACCUCACGCUGGUGAGCGGUCAAACGGUGGCGCCGCUGACGAGCUCCACGAGUGCCCCGCCCAAAAUGGAGGCCAAGCCCACGAAGCCCAUGAUUGUGAAUGCACCGCCAAAGAAAGUGCAACUCCCGGAAGCUCCGAAAAGCAAUGGCAGCAAGCCGCUGCAGGUCACCGGCUUCAUCACCAAGUCGGGCAACAUCUACGAGAUCGAGGACAAGCGGGGCUCCAUUGGCACCAUUGGCUCCGUCGAGGGUCGCCAGGCGGGUCAGGAUCAGAUUGUGUGCAACUAUGGCAACGUGGUGAUCUACAGCGAUGUGCCCUGUGACCAGGUCAAGAAUGUGCGCGUCGGCGAGGUCAAGCCCCUGAAGGAGGAUCCCGUCGCCGAGGCGACCACUGAGAAAAAUCAGGCCGAUGGCGAACAGCAAUCGCAGCAGAUGCAGCAGGCGCAGCAGCAGCAGGACGCAGCUGAUGGUCAGGAUCAGGAUCAGGAUCAGGACCAACAGCAGUCCGUGCAGCCGAACAAUCCUCGGGGUCAGCAGAACAAUCGUCGACGUCGCCGGCGUCCGCAGCAGCAGCAGCAGCAGCAAAGGUUGCAACAGCAACGCCGUCGGCGACGGCAGCAACAGAAGUUGCAGCAGCGACGCAACGGCAACGGCAACGGCAACUUGCGUCGUCGUCGUAACCGCAACAACAACAACAACAUGAAUCGCCAGCAGCAGCGACGUCGUCGCCCCGGCAACAACAACAACAACAGGCGACGCCUCAACAGCAACAACAAUCAGCGACAGCAGCCACAACGCCGCCAGCAGCAACAACAACAGCAGCUACGCCGUCGCCGCCCCAACAGAAAUAUCAAUCGACAGCAGCAGCAGCAGCGGCGUCGCCUUCACGACGGCAACAACUGAACGGGUUAAGAAAUGGACUAAAGCUGCCCGCGGCCCACCAUCUACGACCUACGACCUACGACCUCUGAACACAAACUGCCCGAAUAAAGCAACAACAGCAACAAGAACAAGAACAACAACAUCAGCAUGAACAAACGAAAGCAACAUACAAACGAAAGCCCCAAAUGGAAAAUUCACUUUGAGUUGGUCUUUUUGGUCCUGGGAAAUCAACACGGGGCAGUAAUUAAAACAAGUGCACUCCACGCUGAGAACUCCUCCUCAUGGCGGGCGGUUAGGUGGAGGGGGCGGGGCGGCGGGCAGCUUAAGUCCGAGAAUAACUUUAAUUCACUGGAAUCAAAAUAGAUGAUU